AUGUCGGGGGGGAAGGAGGGAGACCGAAAACACUUAUCUACAUGUAUGAGCAUGGAGUGCCACCUGAUUCACUAUCUGAGACUGAGCCAUCACUUGAUAGUUCUGAAUUAUUUGAUUGGUACUUUUGACAAGCUGAAGUCUGUAUCUUCUGAACACAUUAACAUAACGGAUGCUGUUUUUGAUGGUGUGGAAGUCAGAGUGUUUGAACCUCCUGCAAAGCAAGAUGAAACACUAAAGCGCAGUGUUGUUUAUAUCCACGGAGGAGGCUGGGCCUUGGCAAGUGCAAGAACAAGCCUUUAUAACAAUCUCUGCAGAAUUAUGGCUGAGUCUCUCAAUGCUGUAGUUGUCUCAGUUGAAUACAGGCUGGUACCAGAGGUGUGCUUCCCUGAGCAGUUCCAUGAUGCUCUUCGUGCUACCAAGCAUUUUUUGCAUCCUGAUGUCUUAGCUCAAUAUUCCGUUGACCCAAGUCGAGUUGCAAUUUCUGGUGACAGCGCAGGAGGAAAUUUGGCGGCUGCUGUGUGUCAGCAGCUUAGCAAAGAUGAGCAUGUGACCAUCAGACCGAAACUGCAAGCCUUAAUUUAUCCAGUCCUUCAGGCAUUUGACUUCAACACACCUUCAUAUCAGCAGAACACGAAUAUGCCUGUUCUUCCUCGUUAUGUCAUGAUAAACUAUUGGAUAGACUAUUUCAAUGGUAACUAUGACUUGGCUCACUCACUGCUGAUCAACAAUCACACUGCUCUUGAUGUAAGCCAAGCUCUCUCUUUCAGAGGACGUCUGAACUGGACAUCUCUACUGCCUUCAUCGUUCAAAAAGAACUACAAGCCUGUAAUACAAACUACAGGCAAGGCUGAAAUCAUCCAGAAGAUACCAGCGCUGCUUGAUGUACGAGCAGUCCCACUGCUUGCAGAAAAUGAAACUUUGCAGCUGCAGCCAAAGACUUACAUCCUGACUUGUGAGAAUGACGUCCUGAGAGAUGACGGGGUGAUGUACGCAAAACGAUUAGAGAAUGCUGGCGUGGAAGUCACACUUGACCACUUUGAUGACUGCUUUCAUGGCUGUAUGAUAUUCACGAUUUGGCCUACUAAUUUCUCUGCAGGAAUUCAGACCAGAAACAGCUAUAUAAGAUGGCUGCAUGAAAACCUCUGAAGAGAGAGUCUCUUUCUAGAAGAUCCAGGGUGUGCAGCCCUAGUGUCCAUUGUUGCAAAAGAACAAAAAACAGAAAAGUGCACUUUCCUAAAAUCUGACUUCAUUGGUUCAGCUGCAGUUACUGGGGGGUUACAGACCACUAACGACAACAUUCACUACCUUAUUGGCCUUGCCCAGCAAAGUAUUUUGUGAAAUACUUUUUCAAACUUCCAGUUUUUGGGUGUUUUUUUUUUUUCCCCCCUCCUUUCAGAUGACACAAACUAUUGCCAAACAUGAACAAAUGUUGAGCAAGGAGAUCAGCAUUCCUGAAACAUUCUUAACUGGCUGAGUCUUUAAAGCUUCAGCUCCUUUAUAUGGGGCACAAAGGCCAUGAUUUUCAAAUGAUGUGAUAUAAAGCCAAACACCUACGUCUACAUUUGGAUACGUAAAUAAUGAGAACUAAUUUUCAACUGUGCAAAGCACUUGACGUCGAAGAAAGUGUGAGCACUCUCACCUUUGUCAGCAGAGCCACGCAUUUGGAUGUUAAGCAUGGAUUUAGGUGUUGGCUUUUAGGCACACAGACAAAGAGAAUUUUAAAUUUAAAACAAUAGUUCUUACUUCUAGGUGGUUAAGAUGAUGCUAGACAAGUCUCUUGGCCAAACAUGUAAUUCAGCUUUGGAAUUUGGUCUUUAUUGCCUUUUAGUUAUUUAUAUUUUAAAUAAGCACAGGACUAUCUGUUUUCCAUAAAAAUAUUAUAGUGUCCAUUAUAAACAUGUAGUAUGAAGUAUUAUAUGUAGCAGCAAAGCCCAGGUUGCUUAUGCGAGUUUCAAAAGUUGACCACUUAUUUGGCUAAAGAAUGUGACUUUAUUUAAAGCAUCAAUUUUAUGACCUCCUUAGAGAAAAUACUAAAAAUAAUCUGCUGUGUGGUUUGCACUAAUGUUUGUAAUUAAUAUUAGAACUUUUGUUCAUUGGCUUCCUUCUGUGUUUGUAAUGUUUAGUUCAUUAUAUUUCAUGCUUCCUUGAAGGAGGGAAGCAAGCAAAUAGGAGCGGGCUUUAGCCUAUUAUGAAGAAUUAAAUCUGAACUUUGCGGCUCCACCAUGUCUCCCUUGUACAGUGAACCAAAAUGCUAGGUAAGAUGAUCUGACUGCUGUGCCGCAAAUCUCUGCAGUUUGAGCCAGUCUCUAAAAUUCAGGCAAGCAGGAUAAGGAAGUGAAACUACUUACGACAGUAUAUAUUGUCCAGCAUGUUUACUGACUGCAGAAAUGAAGGUGGUGUCAAAAGCCCCGUGUUUCUAGGCAAAGAGGAAAGAAUGGCAGUGCCAUGAUAAAACUAGUAGAUUAAAUUCACCCUCAGCUUUACCACAGACUUCCUGUUUUCCCCAGGAAAACAGCGUAAUCUCCUUGUGCCUCACUUUCUUCUUCUGCAAGAGAGGGAGUAGGAGGGAGUAGUAAUUUCCUACCUCACAAAGGAGCUGUGAAGAUAAAUUCACAGCCAUUAAUGAAGCACACUGAUAUUACAGUAACUGGCAGGCACUGAGCAGAUCCUUUAGCCUUUGACUUUUCAUCAUUCUUUAAUAUCUGGCUCAGAACAGCUUGCCCCAUGACAGAUGGUGCUGGUAGACUACUUGUUCUCUUAGGAUGUUAAUUCAUUUCUGGGUCUGGCUCAUCUGAAAGGACACUAAAGUGGGGCUUUCUGGCUGUUGUGAUAUCAUGAUGAAGGCAAUUUCAUGGGAGCAUUUCUUGUGGCAGCGUUCCGAAAAAUCCUUUAAAAAUGCACUGGUAGAUCAAACUGGCUUCUGUAAUUUAAAAUACUUAUAGAGAAGUCCACUCUCUCUAGUAGAUAAAUACCAAAAUGGCUUUGCUGAAUCAUUGCUUCCCAGAAAUAGCAGGAUGUUAAUAUGGCUGUAUGCAUUAAGAAGGAGUAUUAAUGGGACAAGGCCGUAAUGUAGACUCACUCAUGCAGGCUGAAACUAAUUUCUGAGCAUGGGUUCACAUGGAGGUCACAAGCUAAAGCUUUUUCAACAGUGGCCCCAAUUCUUCUUCCAUUUAGAUCGUUACAAAGACUCAGCGGGAUUAGAUCAACUGAAUGACAAUUUAAAUCAGAACAAGUUUUGGCCAAGAUAUCCAAAUAAGCUACACUGGAGAAGAAUUUAAACUCUUUUUCUGGAUUUAAACCCUCUUUCUUCCCUUCUGCUAUAAACGCACCUUCAGUAGAUACAAUUUACACUUAAAACAAACAUCAACCAAAAUUAUGUCCAUUCAAAAGACAGAGUGCUAGUCUUAAAAUACGGCCUGCUCCAAAGCUCAUCUCAUUGCAUGGAAACAGUUCCAUUUACUUGGCUUGAAACUGUGACUUCUAGUGUAAAAAUAAUUUUUGACUCUGAGUUGUAACAAUGGUCUUCCUAUUGGCUCUCCUACUUAAAGAAUAAACCAGAAUAAAGCUAAAAAAAAAAAGUAAUUUAUAUGCACCUGCAGUCAUUAAAAGAUAGUAGUAAUUAACUGUAGUACCGAGGAAGAAAAAUCCAAGUGGUUAAUACUGCUAUCAAUUCUAUAAUAAUAAAGUUUUCCUGAGAGCUGCCUGCAAAGCUUUAGGUCAGCAUUUGUUUAUGGCUCAGUUAUAAAUAUCUGCUAUGAAACUAUAAUAUAAUUACCGCUAUGGUUUUUUUUAAGUGAAAGGAAAUGGAGAGCUGGAAUAUAUAUUCCUGGCGUUGGCUGUAAAUUUCCUUCAUGCACUGAAGCACAUUAAAGUCUUGGCACAAGAAACGUUAGUAAGUAUAUAACUGGAUUGAAUGUAUAUAUUGAGUCAUCACCAGCUUGAAGUGACACCCAAGAUGGCAGCACAACUUGGAUGAGAUGUUACAGUACGAACUUGUUUAUCAAAAUCUCUGUACUACUUUUAUCGUGCAGCUAUAUGGUUUAAGUACACGAUAGCGGGAAAGAUAUGUGACAUCCUGUAACAUAAGAAAGGAGGUCUGAUUUACAGCUAUAAAAAGACUUUGUUCUUUAUAGCAGCACAAGACACGUGCUUAAAAUGCAGUGUAAACCUUCACGUAAGCCUUAGUCACAGUCUCAUCAUUAGUCGUACUUUUCUUGUUCUCUUUUUUGCACACAGUCCCGGUGACCAAAGUUCAAAGUUUAUCAUUAUUUUUCAGUUGAACUGCUGUAAGCUCCCAGAAACAGAGCGCUAACUCAGCUGAGAGCUCAAUUUGGCCUGGCAGGCAUUGUUACACAAAUCUGAUGUCUGCUAGCAAAAGGUUAAGAUUAAUGCGUGUUACAAUACCUCAAUUUGUUCUUUUUCUUUGUUUAAAUGAUCCUCAUUUGAACAGAGUCCCACAUCUUCUGAAGUGUUUAUUUGGGCAUACCUAGCACCUUCAUUCCUUAGUUAUUUCCAAAAGGAGUUGAGGGCGCUUAACACACUGUAGGAUCAGCUCAAAUAUCUGUAACAGAUGCAUAUUUACCUUAAAAAGAAGUCUUCUAGAAGAAGAUACUCAAGAAUUCGUCUGUUUAUUUUUGGUUAAAUCAGUAAGCAUGGGAACUACCUUUUGAUGAUAGCUUUUUUUCCUAAUACUCCUACCUCUAUUCCUACUCCUGUAUAGCCUUCAUCCAUCCAUAGCAAAAAUGUCUUGUUCUUGAUGGCCUUGAAAGCAAAAAAAGUUCACAUAACAGAAUCAGUAGUCAUUUGAAUCCUACUUUCACAAUCUGGGAACUGCAUUAGCAGUUCCCCAGUGAUUUGGCCAAUACUUGCUGAAAUAAAUGGAGAUUUUGUCUGUCUAGCUUAGAACCUCUUAAAGGAUGGGUGUUCAGGAUCUGCGCAACCUCUGAUGUCUUUAAAGAUGUUUCAUGGUGCAUAAAAAAAAAAUCACUAAUAACUUGAAAUGCCUAACCUUCAUCUAUGUAGUUGCAAAAUUAUAUCCCUACCUAAAGGAGAAAGGCCGUUGCGGGUUUUAAUAGCUACAAACUAAAAAGAAAUGUUUUAUCUUUAAAACACUGUUUUGUAGUGUUUGGGCCUCUUUAUGUUUUUCUAAUUAGGUGCGUUGUGGGUAUAAUUUUAAUCUCUUACUAAACUUUAUUAAAACCUUUUUGAAAUUAAAAAGAAAGUAGAUUAAUCUAGUUUAAACCUUUUAAGCUGCUAUGAUAUGCAAGUAGCAAUGCUGUUAAAAUUCCAACUGGUUUAAUGUUCUCUUAUUUAUGAAGAUGCUCAAGAACCCAAAGUACAACAUAACGUAUGUGAAUGCAUUCAGUAUCUUACACAUGACUGCUUUUUGCUUCUUUUCCAAAACAGGGGAAACAUCUUGUAAGACCUAAUUAGCAAGUGUGAUGUAAGCGUGCUAUACAAAAUGAAGAACAAAUAAAUGAAGUGAAAUAUA